AUGAUGUCAAGCCUUGGAGAGGCCAAAGAUGUUGAUUUAUCUAUUGAAGACGAAAUAAACUCGAGGCGUGGCUAUUCAGCUGCUCUUAACAAACCUAAGGUAUCCAAGACCGCCAAGCAUAAUGCAUUAGACCUUGUCAAUGACGAGAUUGGCGGGGAUACACCUCGGCAUUACCUUCAAGAUAAUGAUGAGGCUCCUUCGGACCAGAGUCAAGACCAGAGUGGUCUAGCUGGUAUGGAAAAGUGA